AAAACAACAAAAAGAAAUUGGAAAUAAGAAAAGCAAAAUGAUAUCUUCCUCAACCUUGAGUUUAUCUGGUCUCCCCCAACAAUCCUCACCGCUGAUUGCUGGACCUACACCUGAACCUAAGCAGACGAGCCACCGUCCACCGGAACCUGAUCAUCGUAAGCUCAAUAAAGGUAGCUCUCAGUUAAUCCGAUGGUCUCGAGCUCGCGCGAUCAGAUCUGGAUUGAAACUAGAUCGACCAGUUCAACGACCACUCCUGCAAAACUCAGAGGUUAUUGAUCCACCGGUGCGGCGUUCUGGUGACGGAGAAUCAUCUACUAGUCCGAAUUAUUCGUCAGACGAGGAAGACGGCUGUGUUGCAGAGAUGGAGGAAGCGGCGGCCGGUGCGAAACAUAUAUACAUGGUUUCAGAUGGCACCGGAUGGACAGCAGAGCAUUCUGUUAACGCGGCGUUAGGUCAGUUCGAACAUUGCUUGGUGGAUCGUGGUUGUCCAGUCCUCACUCACUUGUUCUCCGGGAUUGAAGACGUCGAACAGCUAAUGGAAAUAAUAAAGCAAGCAGCAAGAGAAGGAGCAAUGCUGAUUUACACACUCGCCGAUGAAAACAUGGCUGCUUCAGCUCGACACGCCUGCAAAAGAUGGGGCGUUCCAUCCACCGACAUUCUCAGCCCAAUCACAGAAGCAAUCGCAUUGCAUUUAGGCGUCUCCCCUUCCGGGCUGCCCCGUGGUGCUCCGGGCAGGAAAUUCCCCCUGACCGAAGAUUACUUCAAGAGAAUCGACGCAAUUGAAUUCACUAUCAAACAAGAUGACGGAGCUUUACCCCAGAACUUACACAAAUCGGACAUUAUUCUUGCUGGUGUUUCACGAACAGGGAAGACUCCAUUGUCGAUCUACUUAGCACAGAAAGGAUUCAAAGUGGCGAAUGUGCCUAUUGUGAUGGGAGUUUCGUUGCCAAAAGCAUUGUUUGAGGUUGACCAGGAGAAAGUGUUUGCGUUGACUAUAAAUCCUGUUGUUUUGCAAACUAUAAGAAGAGCAAGAUCGAAAACUUUAGGGUUCGCGGAAGAAAUGAGAACAAAUUAUUCAGAGAUGGAUCAUGUGAGGCAGGAGCUUGAUUUUGCAUGCAAGAUUUUUGCACAGAAUCCCACUUGGCCAGUAAUUGAAGUGACAGGGAAAGCCAUUGAAGAAACUGCAGUUACUGUAUUGAGACUUUACCAAGAUCGAAAAAACAGGUGCUCGAUGCCACGGAUCUCUAAACGUUACUAGAAGUGUAAAGGUAAAAAUUGUUUUUCCAUUGAAGAUGAUGUUUUCCUUUUUCGUAUGGUAUUGUGAGAGUUGGCAUUACUUACACAAAUAUAGAGAAAUAGAGUAUACGUAUAUAUGUAAAUAAUAGUGAUAAAAGUCUUUUACUAUUGGCACAUUAUACUUAUGUAAAAACUGCUGAAAUAGCAAACAUGGUUGAUUAUUAA